AUGCAUUCCUCGAAUACACGGACAAGAAUCGCCAAUGCUACGUCUCGGUUCUCUCAAGAGGAUCUGGAGGCUCUCGCGGCUCUGUUGGCACCAAUCAUUCGCGAACUAUCACCCGAACCGCAGAACGGUUACCAGCCCAGGGCCUGGCGACUAGGUGCAUACGUACCGACACCGCCAUACGUGGCGAACCGCAAUACGUCGAAGAACGAACCACCAUACUCGACGCACGAGCCCCGCGGCCUAUCUCGCCCUCCGGGACCACUCGAUCACUUACGUCUGAACACUCAAAGCGACCCUGUCCAGGUCCCCCAAGAAGCCGCGAUAAUAACAAAACGGGAGGUCCUCGAGAAAAGAUACCUUGAAGAGUCGAGACUCAUCGUCAAUUCACUCCUGAACAACCCCCACGGCCGCUGGUGGCGCGGCGGCCACACCGAUCAGCUUGCCAUCACCGACGAAGAAGCGGCCUCUGUCGUCCAAUUCACCUUCCGGCCAUGGGAGCUGUUCAAGCUCGAUCCCGACCCCGUGCGCCGCGGCGAGGUGCGCUACCGCGUCAUGCGCGACUGGCAGAGGCGCCCGACGCCGAAUUGGCUGGAGGAGUACCCGACGCCUGAGACGGUCUACCUCCCGCUGAUGUCGUACUUCUCCCUGCUGGCGAUGCGCGAGCCGCGCGUCAUCUCGUUGGGAAAAAGGUAUAUCAGGAAUUUGAGAGACCUCGUGUGGACGCAUCCGGGCGAGUGGGAUGUGGUGCUGGAGUACCAUAUGGCUUUCUUCGAGGCCAGAAGCGAGGAGAUGCGCCGCGGCGUCUUUGACGGUUGGGCCAAGUUCGAUGGGAAAUUGUUGUGGACGGCGCGUAAGGUGGCCGCAUUGUGCGCGGGUAAAAGGUGCCUUAGCUUGUAA